UUUAGAUACUAUUAGAAAUGUUCUCUGAUCGGAUUUAGAGUUUUAAUGCAAGUUUUCUCUUCAAAUAUAAUAUAACUUUGUUUCAGCUGUUUCAUGUUUGAUUUAGCUUACAAAACUUCCUCUUAGUCAGGAUCUAAAAAAACUAGUUAAAUUGAACCUUUUAUUCAAAUUUCUAGUUCAGCCUUAAUCACUUUGAAAUUACAGUUCUGCACUAAUUUCUACCCUGGAUUUUUGAUGACUCUUACAAGAUUGCUAAAUGGGUUGCAGAUGGGAAUGGCUGGUGCGUUGGAAACUUUAUGUGGCCAAACCUAUGGCGCAGAAGAAUUUGGAGAGAUUGGAAAGUACACUUGUUGUGCUAUUGUUACUUUGCUUCUGGUUUGUCUUCCCAUAACUCUGCUGUGGAUUUUCGUGGAUAAAAUACUACUGCUAUUUGGUCAAGACCCUGAAAUUUGCCGCGCAGCUCACCAAUACUGCAUAUGUUUCAUCCCUGCACUUUAUGGUUUUGCUGUUCUUCAAUGUCAGAUUCGCUACUUCCAGACUCAGAGUAUUAUCUUUCCCAUGCUCUUCAGCUCAAUUGCGGUUCUGUGUUUGCAUAUUCCUAUUUGUUGGGGUCUGGUAUUCAAAUUGGGAUUAGGGCAUAUUGGAGCUGCUUAUGCUACUGCAAUUUCAUAUUGGUUAAAUGUCAUUGGGCUUGGGAUUUAUAUGAAGUAUUCACUAGCAUGUCAGAACACCAAGGUUGUGUUUUCUUUAAAUGCUUUAUUAAGCAUUCCAGAGUUUUGCCGAUUUGCUGUUCCUUCUGGAUUGAUGUUUUGUUUUGAAAUGUGGUCAUAUGAGCUACUUGCAUUAGUUGCUGGGCUUUUACCUAAUCCACAACUUCAGACCUCUGUUCUUUCUAUCUGCCUUAACACAACCAUGCUGCACUACAUCAUUCCGUAUGCAGUCAGUGCCUCUGCAAGUACUCGCAUUUCCAAUGAAUUAGGAGCAGGGAAUCCAAAUGCAGCACAAUGCAUUGUUCGUGUUGUUGUGAUUCUUGCAAUUGUGGAUGGGGUUAUUGUGGGCACUUUCGUCUUAUGCUUUAGGCAUAUAUUAGGAUAUGUUUAUACCAAUGACGAGGAAGUUGUAUAUUAUGUUGAAGACAUUGUUCCCAUUCUCUGCGGGUCUUUCACUGCAGAUAGUCUAGUAGGAGCCCUUUCUGGGGUUGCAAGAGGAGGAGGGUUUCAGCAAAUAGGGGCUUACGUGAACCUUGGAGCCUAUUAUCUUGUGGGAAUUCCUUUGGCAUUCUUGUUAGGUUUUGUCCUACACUUCAAUUCCAAGGGACUCUGGAUGGGAAGUCUUACAGGGUCUAUUUUACAAGUCAUUAUCCUGGCUGGUGUAACUGUUACAACAGAUUGGCAGAAAGAGGCAACAAAAGCAAGGCAGAGAAUAUUUGAGAAGUCAAAUGAAGCUCAUAAUGGAUUAGUAUGAACAUUGUAGAAGAAUAAAAUGAAGAGAGGAAGAAAAAGAAGUACCUAGUUUUUGUCAGAUUUUGGUUUUGCUAUCAGUUCUAUUUUGGUGAAGAUUGAUGAGUUACUAUCACUAAUAAAAAAUCAUAUUUUAUGACAUACAAAAACGAACUAUGACGUACAUAGUUUUGUA